GUCGACGGUGAGACACUGUUUGUGAUUGUAUUUGUGGGUGUCAAUGUUUUCGACAGAAAUGUUUAAGAAGAAACCAAACAUUCCUCCACGACCAUCUCCCCCAGGAAUAUCUCAGUUAUUAGCAGAUCUAGAUAACACGGAUAGUGAUGACAUUGUUUUCCAGAGAAAUAAACUUGCUUUAGAAAAUUUGCUGAAUGAAAUUGAAAACAGUGAAGAAGACAGCGGUGCUGGCGAUGAUGAAAAUGACCCAGAAAAAUUGUAUCUGCGGGUGAAAAAUUUUGUGGAAACAAAUAAUAUACUGCACGAAUACGUGAAAACAUUGGAGCAACAAAAUGACAACCUUCAAAUCUGUGACGCUGAAUUGAAACGAAUAGCGGAAGAGAUCCGGAAACAGGCGCAACAAGCGCUAAAGUGAACUUGGAAUACCGCACUUGUAAUAAAAGGAAGACAGCGUCUUUGAUCUGGAAUUAAUAGCCCGUUUUCCUGACGCAUAGUGAAUGUUUGCACUUAUUAUUGCCAUGUAUUUUAGCUGUUCAGUGAGCGGCGAUGUGCCAUUUCUUGUGCACCUAAUGUAAAAUUUUAACUGGUGUGACUUUGUUUUAAAUUAUUUGAUUUCUCUUGUGUUUAUGUUGCUGUAUCAUCCUGUUGCGUUUCAAUAACUGAGUUGUAUUUGAAAAUAUUCAUGAGAGAUAAAUAUUUGGGUACAGUACCGUAAUUGAAAUGUAA